GAUUGGACAGUGCCCGAGCUCGCGGGACACACACACACACACACACACGCUACCAUCCAGCUCGCGCUCAGGACUGUUUGGAUACUUUACUCUUCGGCACGAGACGCUGCGGAAGAAGAAGCUGCACGAGCUCCGGCAGUGGAUCCCGUGGACAUUCAGGACACGAGACGCAGUAGACCGGGAGUGGCCGUCCUCACCGGUUUGACCCAUCAGGGAGGGACUGAGAGGAGCCUGGAGGGCGUCCUCCUCGUCCCUGGGACAGUGUUUCUGCUGCAGGCGGAAGGUUUGGGUGAUUGAAAGCUGUGGCUGAGCCGCGGUCAUGCACCGUUUAAGGACUACAGUAGCACGGCUUCGGCCGUUCGCCGCCGCACAGACGGUGGCGUCGCAGCCCGGGACGGCGGCGGCGAUCAAAGGAGGCUGCAGGACGUUUCAGUGUGUGAGGCGCCUCAAUGCGUCUGUGGCCGCUGAGCCUUUUCUUAAUGGCACAAGCUCCAACUACGUAGAGGAGAUGUACUACGCGUGGCUGGAGGAUCCCAAGAAUGUGCACAAGUCCUGGGACAUAUUUUUCCGUAACGCCAAUGCCGGAGCUCCGCCUGGUGCAGCCUACCAGAGCCCCCCUCCCCUGGGGGGACCCUCUCCGGGUCUGGCCCGUGUCCCGGCGCUGGUCCAGGCUCGGCCCAACACGGAGAAGCUGGUGGAGGAUCAUUUAGCAGUGCACACACUGAUCCGAGCCUACCAGGUACGAGGUCAUCACAUAGCCAAGCUCGACCCACUGGACAUCAGCUGUGUCGACUUCGACGACGCUCCGUGCGCCGUCGGUUUCCAGAACGUUGAGUUUUCUCGCUUUAAAGAACGUAUGUGUAAAAUUACCGCCCAAGGUUUUUAUGGGCUGGCCGAGAGCGACUUGGACAAGGUCUUCCGACUUCCCAAAACCACCUUCAUCGGCGGCAGCGAGAACGCGUUACCGCUGAGAGAGAUCAUACGCCGCCUGGAGUCUGCCUACUGUCAACACAUCGGGGUGGAGUUCAUGUUCAUCAACGACGUGAAGCAAUGCCAGUGGAUCAGAAAGAAGUUUGAGACUCCGGGAGUCCUCCAGUUCUCUGUGGAGGAGAAGAGGACGCUGCUGGCCAGAAUGAUCCGGGCGACCAGGUUCGAGGAGUUUCUCCAGAGGAAGUGGUCUUCGGAGAAACGCUUCGGGCUGGAGGGCUGCGAGUCGCUCAUCCCGGCUUUGAAGACCAUCAUCGACAAGUCCAGCCAGAGCGGAGUGGAGAGCGUGAUCAUGGGAAUGCCUCACAGAGGAAGACUGAAUGUGCUGGCUAACGUGAUCCGGAAGGAGCUCGAACAAAUCUUCUGCCAGUUCGAGUCCAAGUUAGAGGCUGCAGACGAGGGCUCUGGUGACGUGAAGUAUCACCUGGGAAUGUAUCACCGGAGGGUAAACCGGGUCAGCGACAAGUACAUAACCAUGUCGCUCGUGGCGAAUCCGUCCCACCUGGAGGCCGUGGACCCGGUGGUUCAGGGAAAGACCAAAGCUGAGCAGUUCUACUGUGGAGACACUGAGGGGAAGAGGGUGAUGUCCAUCCUGCUGCACGGAGACGCUGCGUUCGCUGGCCAGGGAAUCGUUUACGAGACGUUCCACCUGUCUGACCUGCCGUCCUACACAACCCACGGUACCGUACACGUGGUGGUCAACAACCAGAUCGGCUUCACCACAGAUCCCAGGGUGGCUCGUUCUUCUCCGUACCCGACGGACGUGGCUCGAGUGGUGAACGCGCCGAUCUUUCACGUCAACGCCGACGACCCGGAGGCUGUGAUGUACGUGUGCAACGUGGCCGCCGAGUGGAGGAACACGUUCCACAAAGAUGUCGUCGUUGACCUGGUGUGCUUCAGACGUAACGGCCACAACGAGAUGGACGAACCCAUGUUCACGCAGCCGCUGAUGUACAAGCGCAUCAAGAAGCAGAAAGGAGUCCUGCAGAAGUUUGUAGAAAAACUCAUCGCCGAAGGCGUCGUCACAACGCAAGAAUACGAGGAGGAAGUCGCCAGCUACGAUAGAAUCUGUGAGGAAGCUUACGCUCGCUCCAAGGACGAGAAGAUCCUCCACAUCAAACACUGGCUGGACUCACCGUGGCCUGGUUUUUUCACUCUGGAGGGUCAACCUAAGAGCAUGAGCUGCCCUUCGACCGGCAUCAGCGAAGAGGAGCUCGGCCACAUCGGAAACAUCGCGGCCUCCGUCCCGGUGGAAGACUUCACGAUACACGGAGGGCUGAGUCGCAUCCUGAAGGGACGCGCCAACAUGGUGAACCAGCGAGUGUGCGACUGGGCGCUGGGCGAGUACAUGGCCUUCGGUUCGCUGCUCAAAGAGGGAAUCCACGUACGUCUGAGUGGACAGGACGUGGAGAGAGGGACAUUCAGCCACCGACACCACGUUCUGCACGACCAGAACGAAGAUAAGAGGAUCUGCAUCCCGAUGAACUACAUCUCCCCUGAUCAAGCCCCUUACACCGUCUGCAACAGCUCCCUGUCUGAGUACGGAGUCCUAGGCUUUGAGUUGGGCUUCGCCAUGGCCAGUCCCAACGCGCUGGUCCUGUGGGAGGCCCAGUUCGGAGACUUCCACAACACGGCCCAGUGCAUCAUCGACCAGUUCAUCAGCUCGGGCCAGGCCAAGUGGGUCCGACAGAACGGCAUCGUGCUGCUGCUUCCUCACGGCAUGGAGGGCAUGGGUCCGGAGCACUCGUCAGCUCGGCCCGAGAGGUUCCUGCAGAUGUGCAACGAUGACCCAGAUGUUUUCCCUAAACCUUCAGAGGACUUCGCGAUGCGGCAGCUUUACGACUGUAACUGGAUCGUGGUCAACUGCUCGACUCCCGGCAACUACUUCCACGUCCUGCGCAGACAGAUCCUGCAGCCGUUCAGGAAGCCGCUGAUAGUGUUUACGCCGAAGUCGCUGCUGCGCCACCCGGAGGCCAAGUCCAGCUUUGACGACAUGUUGCCAGGAACCCACUUCAGACGACUAAUCCCGGACGACUCUGCAGCCGCUCAACCCGACAAGGUGAAGAGAAUCAUUUUCUGCACCGGCAAGAUUUACUAUGAACUCGCCCGGGAACGAAAGAACAGAGGCUUGGACGAAAGCGUGGCUGUGGUCCGCAUCGAACAGCUGUCUCCGUUCCCGUUCGAUCUGGUGAAAGAAGAAUCUGAUCGAUACCCAAACGCUGAUCUGGUUUGGUGUCAGGAGGAGCACAAGAACCAGGGAUACUACGACUACGUCAGGCCGCGCAUCUGCACCACCGUCGGCCACUCACGCCCCGUCUGGUACGCCGGUCGUGGUUCUGCAGCGGCUCCGGCCACCGGCAACAAACAGACUCACCUGACGGAGCUGCAGCGCCUCCUGGAGGCGGCGUUCGACCUGGAGGCCUUUAAGACUUAAGGUCCUCGAGGGAGGGGGGAAGGAUUUCAGGGAGACGCACACAUGCACGCACGCACACUGUUACCAUGACAACCACAUGUUUACAGUGAUGGACGCCGUCAACAGAAACGAAUGUAGGACUUUUUGGGGUUUGCUUUAAUUAAUUCACCUCAGGCCGUCGAGCGAAUCAUCCAAACUUUUAAAAGAACUGUUGUUGUUUUGUUUUGUUUUUUGAUGGAGAAAUAUGUUUAUUCACUCUUCUUUUGAUUCUUGUAGCUCAACUUAGCACAAAACCCUGGUUCAGGUACACGACGAGUCAAACCGAGGCAUGCUAACUGUUAGCACCUGUACCCAGUGUUUAUGCUAAGCUACGCUAACUGUGAGCAAACACAUUUAAACUUGAUUUUAGUUUUUUUUGACUGACUUAUUAUGAUCAAUGAAUGAUUGAUAAGUGAAAUGUUGAGACUUUUUUAGAACUGUGAAUAAAAGCAUUUUAAAAAAGAAGCUGCGUAAACAACAAACAAACAAACCGGCUCAACCCAUUUCUGCACUUUUAUCUCAGUUCUUUAUUUAUCGCUCGGUCGUCAUCGCCGCGGAAAAACGUCCAUUUUGUGCCAAACAGAGAUUAUUACUUGAAAUGACAGAAACAAACCAGGAUUUUCUCUGAACUGAAGGAUGUAUUUAUUUUCAUACGGCGUUGCAUGUUUUUAUUACCUUCAACAAAUAAAGGAUGUUGAAUUCUG